CGGCUGUGUGCAUCGCCCCGCUAUAUUCAGCACUCCACCGGAGACAGCUGCUGGAGACUCACGGGCGGGCGACGUGGCCCAUAAUCGUGCUAAAAGUCAGAACCUCCUGUGCAACAUCCUUUACAGAACGGAGUAGACCUAAUAACACCUCUUAGAUGCUGCGGACGACCCUGUUGCUGUGUCUGGGGGCCCUCCUCUCGCUCUCUUAUGCUCAGUUGUUGGAGACAGAGGCGGCGGGAGGGGAAGAGGAAGCUGUGGAGCUCUUUACCACGCCCAGAGCAAAGAUGGCCGCUGCCACCUCUGACUUCGGCUACAACCUGUUCCGGGCCUUGGCGGGUCGCAACCCCAAUACUAACGUGUUCCUGGCCCCCAUCAGCAUCUCUGCGGUGCUCACUCAGCUAUCCAUGGGAGCGUCUCCGGAUCGUUCAGAGAGGUGGUUAUACAGAGCUCUGAGGUAUCACACCCUGCAGGACCCUCAGCUCCACGACACACUCAGAGACCUACUUGCCUCACUCAGAGCACCUGGAAAAGGCCUCAGCAUCGCUGCACGUGUCUACCUGGCCCGCAGGCUGCGUCUGAAGCAGGAAUACUUUGGCGUGGUGGAGAAGCAGUAUGGGGUGCGGCCCAAGGCUCUGAUGGGCGGGGCUAAAGAUGUGAAUGAGAUCAAUGAUUGGGUCAAACAGCAGACGGGCGGCAAGGUCGACCGCUUCAUGUCCAAGCCCCUGGGACGGAACUCUGGUGUGGUUCCUCUGGGCGCGGCCUACUUCAAAGUGAAGUGGAUGACUCGGUUCAGUCAGAGUGGAGUGAUGGAGGACUUCCAGCUUGUUGGAGAGGCUCCCGCCCGCAUUUCCAUGAUGCAGCAGGACAAUUACCCGGUGAAGAUGGGUGUAGACCCAGACCUGGGCUGUACAAUUGCUCAGAUCCAGAUGCAGGAUGACGUCAGCAUGUUUGUGUUCCUUCCUGAUGAUGUCACUCAGAACAUGACCUUGGUGGAGGAGAGCCUGACAGCUGAGUUUGUUCAGGACCUCUCCAUGACCCUUCACCCCGUGCAGACGGCCCUCACACUGCCUGUCCUAAAAUUCAGCUACUCCACUGACCUGCUGCCACUGCUCACUGACCUGGGUCUCGACGAAUUUCUGGCAGACACGGACCUGACCAAGAUCACGUCUCAGGCGGCGAAGCUCGGCAGCCUCAAUCAUAAGGUUGUCAUGGAGAUGGCCCCAGAGGGCACCCAGUAUGCCAGCUCCCUCCCCGCCUCCACACCCCUUUCGUACUGCGUGGACCAUCCCUUCCUGUUCCUGGUGAGGGAUGAGGCCUCGGGAGCACUGCUCUUUAUUGGCAAGGUGGUCAACCCACGCAAUCUGAGGAUAUAAACACAGACACACACUGCCUUCUAAGCAGGUCCUAGGAGGGGAUCAGCCAUCGUUAAGCUUAAGCUUCUGUGUGUCAUAAAUGCACAAUAUGAGAGGGUGGAUAAGCAGCUAGAUUUACCCAUUGAUCAUAUAAUACAGUUUCUUAAUCAUGUAUGGAAACCAUGCAUAACAUUCAGACUAAAAGUUCAGACCAAAAGUCUGAACACUCACAACUGAUAGUCUCAAGUUGUUUUCAGGGAAAAUAAUUUGUGAUUGAAAAGUACAGCUCUCAUAAUUUUUAAAUAGAGGCACAUUCUUUAACCCCAAAAAUACUCAUCAUAAUAUUGUCAAUUGCGAUGCAAGAAAUAAACAUUGAAGUUAAGUCUUUCUGUUUGUCUGUCUGACUCCAUAGAUGGAAUUGUAUAACUUUAUCCAGUUGACAUACAAUAGCUGCUUCCAGUAAAGGGUUGGGUUAUUUUGGAAAGAAAUUGGACUCUUGGAUGCUCUUUCCUUAGCUAUUGUGCUGUUAAACAAAAUUAAAGGACUAACACAAACAUA